GUGUGCCUCUCGGUCUCAGUUGCGUCUCGUCUUUCACGGCGUUCAUCCGAAUUGCGUCGGCUUCUCUCAUCACUACCUCCCUCUCUUCUCCGCCGGCGAUAAACGUCCGUCAGAAAAAUGCCGUAUCGCGGAAAAUUACGACUUCUCGGCAGAGCGUGCCUCGCGUUUGGGAAGAGCGAGGGCAUUCAGUGUCUCGCCGUCGCCAGCAUUGCCGGCAGCAGAAACUUCUCCGUGAGCAGCACGCUCGAUAUGAGGUUUGUCCAAUUCACAAGUAAGAGCGGGGGCCCGCAGCAUCUCGGGGUCCAGCUGAAGCAGGGAGGUGAUAUCAUCGCCGUGUCCGCGGUCGACUCGCGGAUACCCAACACAUUGAAAAAGUUUCUGGAGGGCGGCGACGAUCUUCUCAAGAAGGCCAAGAGGGACGACGAUUUCGACCUAAGGAAGGCAGUAGAGAGAAUAGUCGCCGAGGGACGGAGCAUCAUGCCCGAGGCCGACGUGAACCUCCUGGCGCCGGUCACGCGCAUGGACAAGCUCGCCUGUAUCGGCCUCAACUACAGCGGACAUUGCCAGGAGCAAGGUAUACCGACGCCGGAGAGUCCGAUAGUCUUUAGCAAAUUUCCCAGCAACAUCAUCGGGCCGCACGACAACAUCCUGCUGCCGCAGAUCUCGGACAAAAUCGACUGGGAGGCCGAGCUGGCGAUCGUGAUCGGCAAAACUUGCAAAGGCCUUAGUAACGACGACGUAGAGGACUGUAUCUUUGGUUACACAGUGGCGCAGGACAUAACGGCACGCGAUUGGCAGAAACAUAAGCGGAACGGCGGUCAAUUCCUGCUUGGCAAAGCGAUGGACACGUUUUGUCCCCUCGGCCCGGCCGUAAUUACUAAGGAGGCGGUAUGCGACAUCAACAAUCUGUCCGUGAGGACAUGGGUGAACGGCAAAAUGAAGCAAGACGGCAACACCAGCGAGCUCAUCUUCAAACCUUACGAAAUAGUCGCUUAUAUUUCGCAAUUUAUGACGUUGUUACCAGGCGACGUGAUCCUUACCGGCACGCCAGCCGGUGUCGGGUACACGCGUAAUCCACCCGAAUAUUUGCAGCGUGGCGAUGUACUUGAAACCGAGAUCGAGAGUAUAGGACGUCUGAGAAACAAAGUGAUCUGAUCUGAGAAAUAGAAUACACCUUUGGAAAGCGUUAACAGAAUUUCGUGAUCCUCAUAAGACUGGACCUGCGUUCCCUCAGGAAUCGACAUCCGCAGUGACGUUGAACUAACCCAGGAAUCGCAAACGGAAUCUGAUUCCCGAAACAUAUACAAGAAUAGGUACUCUAACAAUGCCAAUAACUUCAGCGCAAUUGCGAAUAUUCAUGCCAGAGGUAGUAUUGCCCCUUUUGAGGGACGCAAACAAGGGCGCCUAGUAUCAUCAAUAACGCAAGAACACCGAUUUUUUUUAUGUGUCACAUAUUUUACGUACUUGUAUAAUUAAAGCAAGAUUGUUUCUA